AUGGAUCAACUAGACGAGAACGGGCUUACUAGACGAAAGAAUGAGCGGAAAGUCAAUAAAUUCCUCGACACCGAGCUUUGGGUUGGCGAGACACGCCAGCCAAUCCGGGUCGCAGGCAAGGAAGCUGUAGACCGACGCAACCCAUACGGAUACGAAUCCGUCAAAUUUAUUUGUGAUGCCAUGAACGAUUUCGAGCUGGAUGAUUUCCAGAAGAGAAUAGUCUUCGACGAACUCAAGUGGCUAUUUAUGUGCAAAACAUGCAACGUGGGCAAAGAAGCUUCGAGAUUCAAAUCGCCGAACCCUUUCGAUAUCAAGGUUCAAAAAGAUUUCAUUAGCCUUGAGAGCUUGGAUGCUUGUAAAAAAUGCAGGCGUGGUUAG